AUGCCACGACUAAGAUUGAAAGAUCUCGAGCCUGCCUUGCAAGCCAUCGCCACCGAGGAUUAUGUAUUUCGCAACUGGGCAAAGACCUUCAACUGUACGGCCGAGUUACUCUUCACCCCCAGCUCUGAAGACGAGAUCGUCAAGAUAUUGCACGUGGCACGAGAACACAACAAAAAGGUCAAAGUGUUUGGCAGUGGUCAUUCGCCCUCCGAUUUGGCAUGUACUCAAGGCAUCAUGGUCAACAUUGACAAAAUGAAUGGGCUGCUACGAGUGGACAAACAAGACUGCACGGUGACAGUGGAAGGUGGCAUGUCAUUGCACAAGCUAAAUGCAGUGCUUGCUGAGCAUGGCCUUGCUCUCAGUAAUCUUGGUUCUAUAUCCGACCAGUCAAUUGCUGGUGUCAUUUGCACGGCUACUCAUGGUACAGGAGCUCAUUUUGGAUGUCUUUCAACUAUGGUGACGGACUUGACCUUGGUUACAGCGAAUGGAGACAUUGUACGAUGCUCUGCAACCGAAAACCCGGAUUUGUUCAUUGCAGCACAAUGCAGCCUCGGUGCUCUUGGUGUCAUUACUCGUGUAUCGCUUCAAGUCGAACCCGCUUUCAAUCUCGAAGCUAUUCAAAAGCCAUACAAGUUUCACAAUGUGCUCAACGAUUGGGAUGCAGUCAUUCACUCUGCUGAACAUGUGCGUGUUUGGUGGAUGCCUCAUACGGAUGAUUGUGUUGUUUGGCGUGCCAAUCGCACCAACAAGCCAAAGAAAUUGAUGCCUCCCAAUUGGAUUCUUGAACGAGGUAUCGGUGUUCAUGCAUAUCAAUUCAUGCUCAAUGUUGCACGUUACAAGACAUCCAUCAUCCCUUCCAUCACUCGAUUCAUGUUUGAUACCAUCCAUGCAAGACCACUCCAUGUGAUUGAUGACUCAUACAAGGUGUUCAAUUUCGAUUGCUUGUUUCCACAAUACGUCAACGAAUGGGCGAUUCCAUGGGAUAAUGCACCUCAAGCUUUACGUGACCUUGACACCUUUAUCAACACAUCCAAUCUCAAGGUUCACUUUCCAGUGGAGAUCCGAUUUGUGGAUGAAGAUGAUAUAUGGCUUAGCCCUUGCUACAAGACCAAAAUGUGCUAUAUCGGUGUUAUCAUGUAUAGGCCGUAUGGCAAUCCAGUGCCCUAUAAGAAAUAUUGGAAGGCGUAUGAGGACAUUAUGCGAUCCAAUGGCGGUCGACCUCAUUGGGCAAAGGCACACGGACAAAGCUCACGUGAAUUGGAAGCAUCAUACCCAAAGCUGCGCGCUUUUCUUCAAGUCCGUGAGAAAGUUGAUCCGAAUGGCAUGUUCCUGAACGAAUACCUUAAACGACACAUUAUGUUAGAAAAACCCAUUCAAACAGCUGCUAUGCUUUAA